UUUACCUCGCAGAUUUGCUGUUUUCCCAUGUACACGAUGUCUGUUCUCAGAUCUGGCCACUCUCCGUGCAGCUUGAUAGAAAUCAGAUCACCGCAACGAUUGAUGACGCACCUAUAUGUUGUAUGCUUUAUAUUAUUAUUUACACCAUUAAUAGUCACGGCCGAAAAGUCAAACCUGGUAUCCAAUCAAAUCAAAUGUCCUGAUGAAGGCGUUUAUAAGUUUUUCUGGGAUGAAGUAGAUGAAAAGUGUAUGAAGUGUCCACGGUGUAAUCCUGGUACUGGUCUUAAUGAGACGUGUGGUAAUGAUGAAGGCAAAUUUGCUCAGUGUACUACUUGUUUGGACGGUGUAGAAUUCUCAGAUUCUUUUGACUAUAUGUGUGAACCCUGUACAGUUUGUUCUAAUGUACAAUCUGAGCAAAAGUGUACCCCAAAAAAGAACACCGAGUGUGGGCCAUGUAAAAUAGGGUUUUUCAAAGAUACAUUUGGCAAUUGUAUCACUUGCAUAACAUACCCAGAACAUGCUGACUGUCAAGCAUGGACGACAAAUACCCAGGCACCUAAAAUAACUACUGGAAAACCUUUGCAUCAAUCAACGGGUACUCCUGAACUCCUACAAGUUAAAGUACACGAUGAAGAAGAAGAUGGCUUGGAGAAGAGCAAAGUAUUUGGUUAUGAUGCUGGUCCACUUAUACUGGCAGCUGUUGUGUUACCUAAAGUUGCUAUUAUAUUAUUAAUAAUACUACUAGUAGGUAUUUCAGAAUGGAUAUGGAGGCGGAAAAAACAAGAACAACAAAGAAAAAGGAGUGCUUCUCUCAGAUCUUCCCAAACCGAAGUGUUUACAAAUACUGAUAAGCCUCACUCAUCUAGUCAAAAAGAGGAGAUUGAGUUGGAAGAGAUUGUAUACAGUGAUACCCAAGGAUCAUCAAGAUUAACUGAGGCUGCUCUGCCUAAUGGUGCUAUCAAACUUGAAGUACAUGAGAAUGACAAUAAAGACAUAAAAAGUCCUGUAACAAAGAAAAAUAAGAGACACUUUUCAGGAUGCAGCAUGACUACACAGGAAGAAGAUGAAGAUGAAAAAUACAAACUAAUUCAUCAUGAUUAUGAUGAAGAUGAUGACCCUUUUGAACCCAUUGCCAAAUCUAAUACAGAGUACAAGCUUGAAGAUAAUGAGGAUGAACUCAAGAAGAAGGAAAAACUUUGGAAAACUUUCAGAGCUAAAGAUAUAGGAAAAGACAAACCAAUUACUGAUUUACUAGGAGACAACAAUAUAAUGUUUCAUAUAAAUGGGAUGCUUACUCCACCUAUUGUAAACUCCACCAACACGAUAGCUUACCAACGGGAACUCGCUGAUGUUGUCCAUGUGCCAUACAGAAAUACAGUUAAUAGUGCAAGAGAUGUUCUUGAUUAUAUGAAAACCACCUCACAACGCUAUAUUACAUCAUUGCUAGAAGCAUUGCAGGAAAUCAAAAGACAUGACAUUUUUGACUUGCUUGUCAAUUGGGUUUUUGAAAAAUACAGCCAAGAUGAGGACAUCGAUAUUGUUUGA